CGCCUCUGAGCUGAGCGUCAACAUUACAGUAAGAAACAGAAGAAGAGUGGCACCUACAGCGAUGCAGGUCCAGUAGGGCUAUGGGUCUACCUGAAUCUUGCUGACCAUCACUGGUGAUUGGCUCCUCCAGCCAUCUCUCUCAACAUGCAAGGAUUUUAUUCCAAACUCGACUCCUCCCCAUCUUCAUCGCCCUUAUUGGGGGUGGGCCUUGGGGGAGACCCCGCUCGUGUACCUCUCAGCCUGGCCGUGGAGGCAGAAAAAGCCCAGGCCCUGCUGCAGACCUUCAGCUCGGCCUCCUUGCUGGCCUCGGCGGGACUGGGUAUGUUCUGCGUGGUGGCAGAUCACGCCCUCCAGCUGUCAGUCAUCCAGCACCACCUGUGGCUACGCGCUGCUUUGGACAACGCCACGCACGGAUUGGUGGGACUGUGGUCAUGGGCGGUUGUUAUUGGACUGAGGAAAAAGAGUGACUUGUAUGAGGUGCUGCUGGCAGGGCUUCUGGCAUCAAUCAUAGACCUGGAUCACUUCUACAUGGCUGGAUCUCUUUCACUAAAGGCUGCCGUCUCACUGCCUCAGCGUCCUCCUCUUCACUGUUCCUCUCUCAUCCCUGUAAUCUGCCUCACCCUGCGUUUCCUCAUGUGGAUUGGCCGCCUCAAAGACGCUUGGUGCUCUUUGCCAUGGAUGCUUUUCAUUUCCAUGGCGACACACCACGUCCGGGAUGCUGUUCGCCACGGCCUGUGGGUGUGUCCGUUUGGUAACACAGCACCAGUCCCUUACUGGUUAUACGUCAGCACCACAGCGACGCUUCCUCACCUGUGCUCGGUGCUGAUGUACCUGACAGGAACCAGAGAUGUGAUCUCCACCAAACACGGGGUGGCUAUCGAUGUGUAGACGCCACUGACUCAGAGCCGAUGUGAAAAGGGUUUAAAAGCAACUUUUAUAUACUUGAACGAUGAAUACAUUUUUUCAGUUUACAAAAAAACUGUAACUGUAUGAGUCAAAAUCAUGGUGACAUCUGUAAAGUACAGGGACACUUUAGUGUGAGUGCCAGUUGUGGAUGCUUUUUGAGAUUUUCCUUUGUGCUCUUGUCAGAAACCAAGCAGUAACGCCCAUCUUUAAGUCUGAAGUGUGUGAGAGGGACUCAGUUUUUCAGAGAUCUAAGACCUGAUCCCCACCCAUCAGAGUCAUUAGAUUUACCGUCUCUAUCCAGGCUCCUAACACUCAAGGAAACGUCAACCAAAGGUCGACCACAGGCUGUACGAAACUUAAUCCUGCUGUGAAUCCACCACACUUCGUUAUAGCCGCAAAACCCAGCAUGCAUGUACAGUUCUGACAUUCCACAGUUUCAGAUCAAAACAAGACUGCCUGCAAUAGAGUCACCUCUCUGCCACUUAAGCAGACUCCCAUUGUGCCACUUAGCGAGAAGCUUUACCAUCUAAUCAGUGAUAAUUUCUCCUCUAGAAGCCGCUUUUACCUUUCUUAGUGCCAACUGUGUCAGCCACAGAAACAGAUCAGGAAGUUGAAGCUGUCUUAAAUGAUGUCUUAGAUCCUAGCGUGACCCUAGCAUUUUUGUUUGUUUGGUUUUUUUUUUUAGCUGAGAAAGAAAGGGGCCAACAUUGUUCCAGCUGGGAGAUGUGCUUUAUCUCUUUACUGUGGAGCCAGUAAAUAUGCUGCAACAAUUUAGAUUAGAUAAGUCUUGUGGCUUCCUGCUUUUAUGAAUCGACACAUGACGCCAGUGAUGUUCAGUCUUCACUGUAACGACUGAUGCUGUAAAGUUGGCUUUUAAAUGGCGGAUGCAGGCAAGUGUGUGCUGUUUUUAUUUAUAAUUAUGAAUUGCUUACAGUAUAUACACAUUCACUAAGAUACAGAACAUUUAGAGUUAGACUUAUAGAUGUAAGUUAAACACAUGUUUAAAAUAAUCCAUUAUAAUAUGUUGUAAUCCAGUGAGGGGCAUUUAAAACGUGUUUAUUUGAAUAUAAGCAACAUGGUGUUCGUACAAAAGGGAUGUUCUCGUCUGACACUGUGUGUUAAACUGGACAAUGCUGAAAGCUGGUGCUCGCUGAUGACUAGGUUGUAAUUAUUCAUUAUGUCCACUAGAUGGCGGCAUAUGUCACUUGACUUGUUUCUUUCCUUGUUUGUACUUUUUAAAUAUGAAACUUGGUGUUGAGGAAAGUCAGUGUGGCACUAAUCAGGUUCUAACGUUUGCACAGUGUGUUUUGGAACAACAUUCCUAGUACUUUAGGUUUUAAUUAAGAGUAUUUGAUUUGUUGUUUGCUUUUGUUGCACUAUACAUGUAGAACAUACCUCCUUUAACUCUUGUAAGGUACUAAGAAGUCAUUAAACUCUUUUGUUGAUACUGGAAUUUAAACUUAGUACUCUGUGAUGACGUAAGCACUGCAUCAGUUUUAUGACUGUCACACAGGUCUUCACCUACCUGCUCUAGUUUUGGUUUGCGUUAAUGAGAGGAAUGGAAAUACUGUCCCAUCCUAUGCCAUUUCCAGUAUAAUCUCUUACUGCUGCUUGUAUUUACAGUGAGACCUUUAUUAUAUUAAUAUUAUGUUGAAUUUUGCACAUUUGAGUUUUUAAUAUUUAAAUUUUUGGGGGGGUCUGUUUGUCUUUGAGUUUUGUUUUUAAAAGACAGUUGAUGUAAUAAUGAGGUAGAUACUGUAGUGGUCUUUUAUCUGAAUAAAAUAUCCUGUAUAAAUAUUUCC